UGCACGCUGGGAUUCCGACCAAGAUGGCGUCGCGUGUGCUGUCUCGGUGCCUCCGCCGGUGGCCGCAACCUUGGGGCGGGCCAAGGACAGGCCCGGCGCUCGGGGCCCAGCUCCCGGCCCUGGCCGGACGAAACCACCUCCAUGGCUUCAGUGGGCAGGUUCCCGCCGCAACGCGCCCGGCUCAGAGGUGCAGUUUGUUGCAACAGACAUGUCGCCAGUAUGGGGAUCUGCCGCCUCUUACACUGAACAGCAUCCAAGAUCGAGUACUGUAUGUGUUAAAACUGUAUGACAAAAUUAAUCCUGAUAAGCUUUUAAUAAGCUCCCAUUUUAUGAAAGAUUUGGGAUUGGACAGUUUGGAUCAAGUGGAGAUCAUUAUGGCCAUGGAAGACGAGUUUGGGUUUGAGAUUCCAGAUGCAGAUGCAGAAAAGUUAAUGACGCCGGAAGAGAUUGUAACAUAUAUCGCAGACAAAAAAGAUGUAUAUGAAUAAGAUUUUUUUGUCCCUGAAGAAUCACAACAGGGUACUUGAUGUCGGAAGUGUGUGAAACACCCAAUAUGUUGACAGUGCUUGAAGUACAACUUACUGCUCUGGCUCUUGUUGUUUGAAACAAGUGAAAUAUCACUUUCUCAACAACCUUUCCUGAAGUCAGAUAAAGAAUAAAUUACUAUUGAAGACUUG